AUGUUCAUUCUCUCCAUCCUCACAUUGUGCUUAGCAGCACUCAUUUCUGCUCUUCCGCAACUGGGCGGUCUACUUCCGGGUUCAGACCCUGAGGUGACCCUCGACUAUGGCACAUUCAGAGGCAACCGUGCCUUCUCUGGCGUUUCGAGCUUUCUAGGAAUGCCCUUUGCCAAAGCAGGCCGCUUGGAGAAUCCGACUUUGAUCUCUGCGGCCGACAAACUUUCUGGUAUCCAGGAUGCCGCCAAUUAUGGCAAAGCGUGCCCGCAGCAAGAGCUCAUUGCUCUCAACCAAGAACUGGGAGGUCUAUUGGGGGCAGUGGAGCAGGUUGCGUUUGCGCCUGUGAGCCAGCAAGGCGAGGACUGCUUGACCAUCAACGUGCAAAUUCCAGAGGGUGGCGGCUUCGAACUCGGCUCAAGCGCUUCUCUUGGCUCUGAAGCCACCGCCGUUCAAGGACUGAUCUAUCAAGGUGCCAGACUUGUCCAACGAUCUGUCGAAAUGGGCCAGCCGAUCGUUUUUGUAUCAGCAAACUACCGUGUCAACGCUUUCGGUGGACUAGCUUCGCAAGAGAUCACAGACGCUGGCGUAUCCAACCUCCAUCUCAAAGACCAACGUACUGCUAUGGAAUGGAUUCAGAACUAUAUCGAGAUUUUCGGGGGUGAUAAGUCUCGUGUUACACUCUUCGGCGAGAGCGCGGGCUCCAUGUCUAUCGCCACGCACAUGGUCCUGAAUGACGGCAAUCCGGACGGCCUUUUCCACGCAGCGAUCAUGGCCUCAGGAGGAAUCGGCAAGUUUAGAGAUUAUCAUCACAAGCAACCCACAUUCGACUUCAUGGCUAGCUGUACCGGAUGUGGGACAGGGGAUAAGCUGGGCUGCCUUCGAAGCGUGGACUACAACAAGUUCUACAAUUGUGUCCAGCAGAUUCCAAACUUCUUCACGUACAGCAGUACGUCAGUUCCGUGGUAUCCAAGGCCGGAUGGGAAGUAUCUUGUCGACUCCCCGCAUCGGCUUCUACGUGAGGGCAAGGUUGCGAAUAUUCCAUACAUCAUUGGAGACAUGAAGGAUGAAGGUACGUUAUUUUCAGUGGUGCCGCAACUGAACAUUACCGACGACGCCGACUUUCAAUCAUUCUGGAAGCAAAACUUCUUCCAAGACCUGACACCGGAGCAAAUCCAAGCCUUCACAUCCCUCUACUCCCAAGACCCGGCAGACGGCUCUCCGUACGACACAGGCGACGCCAACGCCAUAGGACCUCAGUGCAAGCGAGUCGCAUCCUCAGUUGGCGACUACACCUUCGAAGCGGGCCGACGAGAUCUCCUAAACUACACGUACGCCCUCCGUCAAGGUUCACAGAAAACCUACACCUACCAGCAACAACAAUCGCUCUACCUCCUCAGCCAACUCCCCGGCGGCCUCCUCGCCAACCUCACAAACCUCCCCGUCCUAGGAUCCUUCCACGUCAGCGACGUCGUGCUAAACUCCUUCGGCCUCGUACCCGCCGCGCUGUCGAAAAACACGCUGAACCUAAUGAGCACGUACAUUGCGUUUGUCAACUCGCAGGACCCGAAUAAUCAUGGCUUGGAGGGAUUGCCGGAGUGGCCGACGUGGGAUCCCGAGGGGAAGGCUAUGUUCAAGUAUCAGGAGAGUGGGCCUGUCAUUAUCAAGGAUGAUUAUCGGGAGGAGCAGAUGGAGUUUGUUAAUCGGAAUGCUGAUACUUAUGUGUAUUAG